GUUCGAAUACAAGUCGCGUUCGCUCGUCACAUUCUACGAUCGUUUAUUUUGUGACAUUUGACUGUUUAUGUAAAAAGUGAUAAGUGAAAGAUUUAUUAUAAGCCCAUUUCUUCUGGAUCUCAAACGGCUGAGCGGCGAAAAACUGACAAGAAACAACGUGGACCACGCAAGUAUUUCCAAGUGUUUGUCGAAACUGCUGAACAUGUAAAAGUAUAUUAAAACAAUCGGAGUGAAAAAAAUUAUUAGUGUCAGGGAUUGUGAUGUAAAGUAUAUCAAGAUGAGUGCGCGAUGGUGGUGCUUGUAUGUGGUGAUGUGUGUGUGGGGGGUGAUGAAGAUAGAGGCGCUGCCUCCUGCGGCACUCGGUGAUGUCGUCGCUAAUGCGGCCAGCAGUCUCAACUCAAUGAAGGUGACAGGAGCAUGGAGAAGACUAUCAAGUACAGUGAGCGAGUCUGUGGGACUGAAACAUGCGUUGAGACGGCUCCAGAAUGUUCCACAGCGAGCCGCAAGACUGGUGCACGCCCUGGUGGACCGCAUGAGGGUCGGAGGUGGCCCCAUAGUCACAACGAGCCUCGGAUCACUUCGUGGAAGAAGAGUCGUCUCGAGGACAAGUGCUCAAAUUCCAUACUACAGCUUCAAAGGAAUAAGGUACGCACAGUCGCCGCGGGCUUCACUUCGUUUCCGUCCCCCCGCCCCGCUGGAGCCCUGGUCAGGCGUCCGGGACGCCCUGGAAGAAGGCGCCGUCUGUCCUCACCGGUUCAUGCUCUUCGACACGUACAAAGGAGACGAGGACUGCCUCUUCCUCAACGUCUACACGCCAGCUCUACCAGAUACACUUACUGGUUACAAUCCGAAGUUAGCCGUGAUGGUGUGGAUACACGGCGGAGCUUUUACUGUUGGCUCCGGUAACGCCUUCCUCUACGGACCUGAUCAUCUUGUUGCGGCUGGAGUUGUGCUCGUCACAUUGAACUACAGACUUGGAGCUUUGGGCUUCCUCAGCCUGGAGAACGAGGAAGUAUCAGGGAACAUGGGUCUGAAGGAUCAAGUGAUGGCUCUUAAAUGGGUACGUGAUAACAUUGAGUUCUUCGGCGGAGAUCCGGGCAGAGUGACGAUCUUUGGUGAGUCAGCGGGCGCGGCCUCCGUGCAUCUACACAUGCUGUCUCCGGAGUCUCGGGGGCUGUUCCACAAAGCGAUCGCACAGAGCGGGGUAGCGCUGUCCCCCUGGGCGCUAGCAAAGGAUCCUCUCGCGCGAGCCUUCGAGCUUGGUCGCGAACUUGGCAUAGACACGAACAGCACAGCGGAACUCCUUGGUUACUUGAGAGCCACACCGAGCGAGCUUUUAGUCAAAGCAGGAGUGCGGAUCUCAGGGGUUUCCGGCAAGACAGCAGAUUUGCACAGCACGGUGGCCCUUCCCUUCUUGCCGGUAGUGGAGCCAGACAUACCGGGGGCGUUCCUCACUAAGACUCCCAAAGACUCUCUUCCUGGAGCUGAUGUGCCGUUCCUCACUGGAUAUAAUGCACAAGAAGGCAUCAUUCUUUUUAGACGGCUGCAACGUUAUCCGAAGCUGCUGAGUGAGAUAGAACAAGAGUUCAGUCGCGUGGUGCCUCCCGAGCUGGCUGGGUCCGCGGAGCAGAGGGAGAGGGUCGCAGAGCACAUCAAACUGUUCUACUUCCAACAGCGACCGGUCGAUAUGCGAAAUGUCGAUAAUCUUAUUGAUAUGUUCACGGACAUAAUGUUCCUCCGUCCCGUACUGGAUACGAUACGGUUACAGGCGGAAACAAACCGAACUAGUCCGACAUAUCUGUACCGAUUCGCCUUCGACGGAGCCCUGGGGCUCUUCAAGCGAAUGCUCGGCAUCACGCAUCCCGGAGCCUGCCACGGGGACGAGAUGGGAUACCUGUUCUACUUCUCCAGAUUUAACUACAGGCUGGAUGACAACUCACCCGAAUUAGCCGUCUCCAAGAAGAUGGUGCAAAUGUGGACUAAUUUCGCGAAAACUGGGAACCCAACACCGCCCGUCGACUACGAGUCAGUGGUCAACUUCAAGUGGAACCCGGUAAACGACACCCGCCACAACAUAAACUAUCUCGACAUCACCGGUAACUUUACUCUGAGGACAGACCCUGAACCCAAGAGAGUACGUUUUUGGGAUUGGCUGUAUGAGAACUACGCAGCGAAACAGUGACGUUUGAAAAAAAAACAUUUGUUAUUUAUACUCUGUGGAUGUAGUGGUUCUGUCAGCGUAGUAUACAAUUAUAAACAAAGAUUAGGUUAAAUAUUUUUAUUAAUCGCUGUACUAGCGAAGGGAAAUUGUUAUUUUGUCUCUGCUGUUAUUAUGGUCUUUACGAGUCCUGGUGCAGAUCUUGAGCAAUCAGUGUUCGUUAAAUCAAAUUGUUUAUUCAUUAAGGUAGAAACUUAACUUCCAUUACUGUCGAAUUCGUAGAUAUAUAGAUAUAUUUUAAAGUUGAGCUUAAAUGAAAGAAGUGCCAAGAAGCCCUUGCCCCUCUUUUAAAUUAAAAUAAAUAAAUAUUUGAAUAGUGUUUCGACUCCAUAUAUAAUUACUGAAAAAAAAUACGUAGCCAAAAUUGGCAUUGAAAAAGAUCGAUCGACGCUAAAUAUGCGUGAAUUAUCAUUGGUAGGGAAGAUGCUCUACUUCCUUUCGUAAUGGUAUUAUGGUAUGGCGUAACGCACGCAAAACCAGCGAUCAACCUAGAGAAGCUCAUUCUCACCGAAAAAAUGAGAGGGACUAGUUAAAGGAUUGAAGCCCGAAACAUUAGUCUGAUCAGGCGGCAGAGCACUUUGAAAGUUAGUAUAUACAUCAACACUAGUAGGAAAUAAUAUGUUUUACUUACCUACUCGGCUAGCUACGCGCUCCAUGUAAGUACUUUGCUAUUGACACGCCCCUAACUUUGUUGUCAGUAUACCUAAGUAGUUUUAAAACUAUCGCAAAUCAGUCAUUUAAAAAAAAUUGUGACGAUAGAUUUUAUCAUGGCAAAAGAACUUGUUAUAUUAUUUUUGUAUACAUGUUUAGUGUUAUACUUUAAUAUUGUUGAUACGUUUCAUUGUUGUUGUAUAAAAUUAAGAAUUAAUUUUUUAUAGUCUCUAUGAGAUAAUGUAACUAGAUUUAAAGUAAUUUAAAUGUUAUAUCACUUAUUUAACUUUUGUUAUCACUUAGGCUGUACAUUAUGUUUGGAAACUUUAACAAAUUAGAAUAAUAAUU